AUGCAUUUAAGUGCAUCAAUGUGCUCCUAGUCCUUCCAAAUCCCCAAUCACCCCUUCUCUCAAAACCCUCUGAAACUCAUCUUCUCCACCAUCUGGUCUCUGAUACAAGCUCAAAACAAAAAUGAAGUUUGGCUUAUGCUCUCAUGCCCUUUCAAUCUUCCUCCUCUUCCUUCUUCUGUCAUCAAGUUCAGCUGCAAAAUACGCAGCAAAUGAACCAGGGCUUGAAGAGAAAGAGAUGGAGAAAAUCGCCAGCUCGGGAGGUUCCAUGCGAGAGAAGAUGGAAGGAAGUGACGAUAUGAUCCGUAACCUGAUGGGAGAGGAGGCAUGCGAGGAUGGCGAAGAAGAAUGCAUAAAAAGAAGGUUCAUGUCAGAGGCACACCUGGACUACAUCUACACCCAGCAACAUAAGCAUUGAUUAAGGAUUCUGUCUCUUUGUUUUCUUUCAUGUAGCAAGAAGCUCCAUCAGCAAAAGUUAGGAUUAUGCAGAUUAACUUGAAUUUGCUGCAGUUCCUUCAUGAUCAUGCAGAUCAUGGGAUAUGAGUGGGGUGGGACUGGAGCCCUGCCUGUACUUGUGUAUAGUUAUGGUGUAUUUAACUCAGUUAAUUGGCCUAAUCUCUGUUGUUAAUGUGAA